AGGUUAUAUUUUCAGAAUCAUGCUUAGAAUUUAUCCCAGUUUAGAGCUUGGACGGAUCGGACUAUGUUUUUACAACCUAGAGCAAGGUGUUGGGUUAAUAAGUACCCGGAUAAGAAUGAUGAGUUCAGCUCCUGUCCGGGUUCGAUUUGCUCCGAGUCCAACAGGUCAACUUCAUCUUGGAGGUCUGAGAACAGCAUUAUAUAAUUAUCUAUUUGCCAAGGCCCGUGGAGGUAGCUUCAUUCUGCGUAUAGAAGAUACGGACCGGAGCAGGUUUGUACCCGGAGCAACGGAGAACUUGGAGAACAUCCUUGAUUGGAUCGGAGUUAAACCUGAUGAAAGUCCGUCUAAGGGAGGAGAUUAUGGACCAUAUUUUCAGUCUCAUCGCCUUGAUAUUUACACGAAGUAUGUGAAUCAGCUGAUUGAUGGCGGACAUGCUUAUAAAUGUUUCUGUACAGAGAGAAGAUUAGAACUACUAAAGAGAGAGGCCGCUAGAACUAGAACCUCAAAUAUCUAUGACCGACGAUGUUUAUCCUUGAGUGAAGGCCAGAUAAAAGAAAAGGAAGAGAGCGGGGUCAGCUACACUGUCAGGUUCAAACUAUCCUCGAUAACUGAGCCGGUUAACGAUCUUGUUUACGGUCCUGUGGUUCAUGACGUUUUCCAGUUUGAAGGAGAUCCGAUCAUUCUGAAGUCGGACGGAUUUCCUACUUAUCACCUUGCAAACGUUAUUGAUGAUCAUCUCAUGGGAAUAAGUCACGUAUUACGCGGAGCAGAAUGGCAGGUUUCUACUCCUAAGCAUGUUCUUCUCUACCGUGCAUUUGGUUGGAACCCACCAGAGUUUGCUCAUCUUCCUCUUAUUCUCAACCAGGACGGAUCUAAGCUCAGUAAACGACAGGACGAUCUUCACAUACUCUCUCUUAGAGAGAACUUGUACUAUCCUGAGUCUAUAUUGAACUUUAUAACACUGGUGGGAGGGGGAUUUGAGGAUAAAGAAUACUCACUCCGGAACCUGUUCUCAAUGCAAGAACUUACAACCAAGUUUCAACUUAAUAGGAUAAAUAGUAACUCUGGUAAGCUGGAGAUGGAGAGGUUGGGAGAACUAAACCAAGUUGCUCUCCGGCGCAGGUUCGAUGAUCCUGGGGAGAGGCGGGUUCUCAUCAAAUCAUGUAGGAAUCUUGUGAUACAAGCUAUACCUGGAGUACAGGACAAAUUCAUCUCUGACGAAUGCAUUGAAAAGUAUUUGUUAUGGGGACUGGAGAGGAUUAAAACAGUAAAAGAUCUUGUAAACCCUGAUUUAUUAUAUCUAUGGACUAGUCCUCAAACCUACGAAACUAUCUCUCUAACCAAAGACACUUUAUCCAAGAUUUUUGAAAUCUACGAAAAUUCUGAUGAUUUUAAAGGAUUUCAAAAGAAUUUACGCUCCUUAUGUUCAAUAUUAGGAUUAAAGUUUCCAGUUGUGAUGAAAGAUAUCCGGGUACUAUUGACAGGACGGAAGGAAGGUCCUCCACUACUAGAGAUUAUCCAGAUCCUAGGUAGGGAGGAGACCUUAAACAGGUUCAAACAGUACAAAUAAUUUCAGA